GUAAAACAGCAGUAGAGGGUGUGGUCACUAGUUUGAGGCACCGUUAAAGCUGACUGAAGAGUUGGAUCUGAGAUCAUUGUUUGUCUUCACCUCCAACUAACCAGAGUUACAUUCAGAACUGGAGCUGAUGAACUACAGAACAGCUUUUCUAAGAACAUCCAGGAAAAAGAGAAGGAAAACGGAGACGUCAGCGUUGUGUAAUAGUGAAACCCAAUCAAAUCGGAGGGCCUGUUGUCCGGACCUCUGGCAGUCUCUAUGGGGGUAUAAAAAAAGGUAUCUGCGAUAACCUACAGGACAGUAGAUCUCCAGGAAGAGGGUUGGACUGAAAACCUACAGGACAGUAGAUCUCCAGGAAGAGGGCUGGGCUGCCCUGGUCUACAGAUAUGGGACGAAGAAGAGGGACUCUGAAGAUUCUGUUCCUGUUGACACUCUGUCUGCAAGCCUUCACUGGCCAAUGCCAAGAUGCAGGCCAUCCCUCUGAACUGAGGAUUGUUCUGGUGGGGAAGACUGGAUCAGGGAAGAGUUCAACAGGAAACACCAUCCUGGGGAGAAAGGUGUUUAGAGAAGACCUCUCCCCUAAGUCUGUCACUGAUCACUGUGAGAAACAGAGUGGAGAGGUGGAUGGGAGGAAGAUUGAUGUCAUCGACACCCCAGGGCUCUAUGACACAACAAUGUCUAAAGAAGAGAUGAAAAGUGAAAUAGAAAAGGCCAUCUACAUGUCAGUUCCAGGACCCCACGCCUUCCUGCUGGUGAUCAGACUGGGGAGGUUCACAGAGGAGGAGAGGAACACUGUGAAGUGGAUCCAGGAGAACUUUGGAGAAGAAGCCUCAAAGUACACCCUCAUUCUGUUCACCGGUGGAGACCAGCUGGAGGACAAAUCAAUGGUGGACUUUCUAAGUGAGAGUGAGGAGCUUAUGAAACUCGUCAAGGUCUUUAAGGGAAGAAAUCAUGUCUUCAAUAAUAAAAAGAAGAAUGACAACACUCAGGUCCCAGAGCUGCUGAAGAAGAUAGAUGAGAUGGUGAUGAAGAAUGGAGGACAACACUACACCAAUGAGAUGUACCAGGAGGUCCAGAGGAAGAUCAAAGAAGAGGAGGAGAGGAAGAAACAGGAGGAGAAGGAGAGAGAGGAGGAGGCGAAGAAGAAACAGGAGGCGGAGAUCAGAAAAUGGGCAGAGAAGGCAAGAGAGGAGGAGAGGAAGAGACAGGAGGAGAAGCAGAAACAGGAGGAGGAGAUCAGAAAACGGUUAGAGAAGAUGAGAGAGGAGGAGAGGACGAGACAGGAGGUGGAGAAGAGAAAGGAGGAGAAGAAGAAACAUGAAGAGGAGAUCAGAAGACAGGUAGCGAAGGCGAGAGAGGAGGAGAGGACGAGACAUCAGAGGACGAGACAUCAGAGGACGAGGAAGUCGUCGUCGAAUGGCUUUUUGGGAUUGUUAGCAACUGUUUUCACAGCGGUGGUAGCAGGACCAUUAGCAAUUCCAGUUGGAGCUGCUGUACUUGCAAAUGAAGUAGCUGAACAUUUAGACGAUUCUGAUUAAAUGAGAAAGAGGAGGCAGUGUGAAGUACCACUCUCUUCCUCAUCUUAAUGUCAAGUAGUAGCAGAAGAUUAAUACUGUACAAUGACAACCAUCAGGGAUUGUUCAACACUUUCUAAUAUGGUCAGUUAUUUACCAUGUUUAUCAUUCAAAGGCUCAGGGAUAGUAACAUACUGUAGGAUGACAUUUAUAAUUCAACAAAAACAAAGACAGAAAUAUCUAAAAUCAUGUUUCAUUAACUCAGAGAUAGAUAAUAAGUUAGAAUGGGUAAAGACAUUCUAGGUUUCUGGAUAUCUACAGUAUUGCUGUAUCUACCCUUCUUCCCUGGUCUGUGUUCUCCCUCUGUCCUCCCUCUACCCCCCCUCCCUGGUCUGUGUUCUCCCUCUAGCCUCCCUCCCUGGUCUGUGUUCUCCCUCUACCCUCCCUCCCUGGUCUGUGUACUCCCUCUACCCUCCCUCUUCUCUUCCUCACUGGUCUGUGUUCUCCCUACCCUCCCUCUCUGGUCUGUGUUCUCCCUCUGUCCUCCCCCCUGGUCUGUGUUCUCCCUCUGU